GACCGAUCCCGUUCCGUUCCUCGGCCAUGAAGCCGCCGCAGGUGGAGGUGUCGAUCCCGCUGCAGCCCCCCGGGGCCGGCGCGACCCCCGCUCAGCCCCCCCGGGACUACGUGCUCUGGUCGCUGUUUAACGUGCUCCUGGGCUUCGGCCUCACCUUCCUCGGCUGCCUCUGCUUCCCUGCGCUCGUCCACUCCAUCAAGGCCCGAGACUGCAAGGUGCUGGGGGACAUGGAGGGUGCCCGGCAGCAUGGCACCCGUGCCAAGGCUCUGAACAUCAUCUGCUCCGUGCUGCUGGUCCUCACCCUCUUGGCAAUCACCACCUUCAUCAUCAGCUCCAUGGUGCUCAGAGCCACCUGAGCCCUGCGCGGCCACGGCCCCGCUUGCUGCCCCCCCAUUGGGCGCUGCUGUGACCCCCAAGCUGCCCCCGCUGGGGGGCAGAGGGAGAGGAGCGGUGCCCCCCUCGCUGUCCCCUCCACCGCCUCGCAAGGGGGCGGCUGGACCAGGUUGGGACACACAUGGGGGGCAGCCCCAGAGCGCUGCUGGUGACACAUGUACAGGUCACUGCUGCCAUAAAUAAAGCUUGCAUCGCCAAAGCCCCUGCUCUGUCACCCCAUUCACUGCGGGGAAGGAGGAGAGGGUCCCUGUGCACCCCUGCGUGCAGAGCUGCCAGCUCCCAUCCUGCCCCCCUGCGUGCAGAGCACUUCCAGCCCC